AUGCCCAGCAAUCGACCAAAAAACGUAGACAUCUCUCAAAACAUCGCAUGGACUCUAAACAAAAGCAGCUGGCUCAUCCAUCCACUAGCACUCGUUUUCAUCCAUCUCACACUUUGUAUCGCUUUCAAUUCAAACACUAGUUUGCAGCUAACAUUGACCAUUUACAACAUUUCAACAUUCAUACUCUUUCAUAUGAUUCCUGGUAUUCCAUUCAACGACAGAUACUCAACUCACACAUUCUGGGAGCAGCUUUCAGAGCAGCUUGAAUCUUCUUCAGGUCUCAUAUUCAUAUCUAUAUUCCCGAUCAUUGCAUUCUUUGCAAUCAAUCUCAUCGUCUGUUGGUGUCCUGGCCUUCUAUAUACAUGCAUCGCAUCUCUAGUCCUUGUGACAAUCCCAAAGCUCGGAUUCAUGCAUUUAAGGCGCAUGCUCAGCAUUAGCAAAUAA